AGACGAUCUUCGGCGGUGAUGCGUCACUCUGUUGUGGUGGCGUACGGCCAUACUUUGCCACCAUGUGAGCGAGUCGCUCCGCGGAAAAAACACAAGUUGGAGUGAAACCCGGGAGCAGCGCCGCUCCUCUCAUCCGGAGCAACCGAGGAGUUUGCUGCCCCCUAUGAAGUGGCGGCGGAGUUACAACGUACAUUUUUAUGCAACCUGAAGCUUGUCUUUGCCCACCUGGAGUUUAGUUGAGAGAGUUAAGGAUUGUCAGAAACCUCUUAAAGUUAAUGCUCCAUUGCAGGAUCUGUUUGGGUCAAAGCUGUACCUGCUUGUGUGCCCAUGCUCACUACAAGACCUCCUUGCCGACACUUGAGCCGGGCCAGCAGUGAUGGUUGCUGAAGGUUCUUCUCAAAGCCAGUCAGCAAAGACUAUCAGGAAGUUCUCAUCCAACUGGAGGUGACGACCCCAGAAACAAGUGUCUUAUUGAAGAAGCAACCCUGCCACGGCCAUGCCCGCCAAGUCACCCCCCUGGGGAGGCGGGGAUCCCCGGCCUUGCUGUGACAAAGUCCCGAUUCCCACCAUGUCUGUCAACCCGAAGACUGUCCGAACCACUCAAGUGCCUUUUGCUUGUCAGGAGCUGACCAAAGCUGGCUCCUCGCCCCCCCACUUUGCCUCGUCAGCUCAGGAUCACCACACCGGAACCCAGAGCCAGUCCGCGGCCGUGCCAAGUAGGCCCGUGACCCCAACGCCAAAGACUAACGGCCUUCCGAAUCCAAACAUCCAAUCGACUGGAGUGAAGCAGGUCACUAGCGACUCCGUCCAAGUCGGCCCUUGCGGGGAUACAUUGGAACCUGUUGGUCAUGUUCAGGUGAACAAGUUAGAGCUUGAAGCUGCAGAAAGUUCCACCCCACCUUCAGUGCCUCCUGUAUGCCUUACUCCUUUUGAACACCCGGGGGCAGCGUCGCGUAAGGACCCCCCCAGCCUUGACCAAGUGGAUAUGGGCGCGCUAAGAAAUGCAAGCACGGCGACAAACUCUGCCGCCAAGUCCAGUCCGGUGCAAAACUACCACGCUAAAUCAGACGCUGCCAACAAUCCACUGCAAGUUGUUGCCGUUUCUCUGCCGUUCUUUGGCAGUCAGCUCCUGGAUGCAAGCAAGAAAUACCCGCAGAAUUUGGGUUAUGCCACCACAACCCACAAUGGUCACGUGUCAAAUGUCCACAGUGUUACUGCUGCACUGCAAGAUGAGCAGAGGGCAACGCCAGGCACCUUGGUGGGCUCUGUGACCACCAAGAUCUCCGCCAUAAACCUCACCAAGCAGGGGCGAGCUCCAGUGUCUCCGGAGUGCCCCCGUGCCUCGUCGGUACAGUCUGAGGGCGCCGGCCCAGAGUGCGUCAUGCAGGUGGAUGGCGGCGAGGAGGAGCUGCCUGACGAGCAGGAGAACGCCUGCAGCGAUGAUGAUUGUUCCGAGUCGUCCUCAGUCUACGGUACUUCCUCCUCCGCAUCCAUCGUGAAUUGCUCCGGUGUCGAAGAGCCCAUGUCGUUGGAGGUGAAGGAUGAGCAGGAGAAAAGGCCGGCUCUCGUUCCCAGCCUUUUCGCGCACAUGCCUCCCACGCUGUACUUCAGCACCGCCAAUGAGCAAGUUGAAAUGCUGCCCGAGGAGCAAAGACAACUUUUAAAGUGGAAGAUCAGCACCGUGACGCCCAAUGUUGUGAAAAACACAAUCAGCAGGUCCCACUUCACGCCCACCAAGAAAAGCCAUGACUGGAUGGGCUGCUGGGGCCACCACAUGAAGUCUCCUUGCUUCAAGACUCUUCAGGAGCACCAGAAGUUGAACCACUUCCCCGGAACCUUCCAGAUUGGCAGGAAGGACCGGCUGUGGAAGAACUUGUCCAAGAUGCAGGUCCGCUUUGGCAGGCAGGAGUUCAACUUCUUCCCUCGCACCUUUGUCCUCCCUCAGGACAUUCUGCUGCUCCGCAAGGCCUGGAAGGAUGGUUCCAGACAGAAAUGGAUCAUCAAACCUCCCGCCUCAGCGAGAGGAAUCGGAAUCCAAGUCAUUCACAAAUGGAGCCAGAUGCCACGAAAGAAAUCGCUUUUGGUCCAGAAGUAUCUGCACAAGCCCUACCUCAUCAGCGGCAACAAGUUUGACCUGCGCAUCUACGUCUACGUGACCUGCUACGACCCGCUCCGAAUCUACAUCUUCUCAGACGGACUGGUCCGAUUCGCCAGCUGCAAGUAUUCAUCCUCUAUGAAGACGCUGAGCAACAAGUUCAUGCACUUGACCAACUACAGCGUCAACAAGAAGAACUCCGACUAUCAGGCCAACAGCGACGACAAAGCCUGCCAGGGACACAAAUGGACUUUGAAGGCUUUGUGGCAGUAUCUCGGCUCCAGGGGAGUCAACACCACCUUAAUUUGGGAGAAGAUUAAAGACAUCGUCAUCAAAACCAUCAUUGCGUCAGAACCGUACGUGAACUCCCUGCUCAAGAUGCACGUGCGGGCACCUUACAGCUGCCACGAGCUGUUCGGCUUCGAUGUUAUGCUGGACGAGAACCUCAAACCCUGGAUCCUGGAGGUCAACAUUUCACCCAGCCUCCAUUCCAACACAGCGCUGGAUGUCGCCGUAAAGGGCCAAAUGGUCCGAGACCUCCUGAACCUGGCGGGUUUUCGAGUUCCUCAACAAGACGUCUCCAGUGGCAGCACGUCCAGCAUCAACAGCAGUCUGUGUGGUGGUAGCAGAGAGACCACCCAUCCGGAGGUCUCGGUUGAUGAGAAGGUCAAACGAGCUUUUUACCUCAAAAAGCGCUUUGCUGACCAGGCCUUCCUGGCGACGGUGUUGGACGUCAUGACCCCCUCCGACGUACGCGUGCUCGCAGAGUCCGAAGAUGAGUUGAGCCGCUGCGGGGAGUUUGAGCGCAUUUUCCCCUCGCCCUCGGCGUCUCGCUACCUGCGCUUCUUCGAGUGUCCGCGCUACCUCAACAUGGUGCUGGACCAGUGGGAGCGGAAGUACUGGAAGAACAGGAGUAAAGGUGUCAAUCUGCUCAGGACUUUGUGCCAGAAAAGAGUUCAUCUGGGUACCAGUGAUCCUGCUCAUUUGUGGUCCAAGUGUAGCAACAUGUCCAAGUUUGACCACCACAGAGAAGAACCCGUCAACCCACCCAGACCCAGGGUGGUGGUCAUCCAUCAGCACCAGACGGAUCAAGCCGACACGGACAACGGUUCGGACGAGGACGCCUCUGUUCCCAGCCCGCCCGCCUCACAGUCAAGUCCCGGGUCUAGUGGCAGCAGCAGUGCCUGCGCCAGUCCUCAGCCCAGCCUGUGAGGCCGCUGUACCCACCACAUACACACACCAAGCUAAGGGUUUUAGCCCAUUCCCUACCCGAAGGAGCAAGCAAGAUCUCACAAUUGGAACUGGUCCUCUGGAGCUACAGAUCGAUGGCAGCUAAAUAUUUCAUAAUCCUUUACAAAACAUAGAAAUUUGGAUUCUUAUGGGGAAAACUAAUUCAUUGAACGAGCCAAAAUGUGAGUCAGUUAUACACUGAAAACUACUGCAUUGUGUUACUGUAAUGGUUUCAUGUGUACGAGAAAUACUUUUUGGUGGCAGUGAUGCAGAUUUGCUAUGCUGCUUCCACAAAACACAGAGCCCCCUUCUGUAGAACAUCAACACUGCCACAACAUGGCUUUCUGGAGUUUUCAAACACAUGUGCUUGAAAGGCCUUAAAACUAUUGUAAAACCUCAGAGACAGGACUUACUGUGUCCAAGGUAUGUUGAGGCCACGCCCAGCUGUCGACAGUGUAGAUUUCUUAGUAUCUGACACACUGUGAUGCAAAGAACGUGUCACCGUGCUUAGUGCAACCAUAUCAAAUCAAAUCUACGGUGGAAUGGAUCGACUGCAAGUCAUGAUUCUAACCUUUUCUGUGUUUAAAUAAGAGAAAUUGUUUACAUUUGAAGUGAUUUCCUGACCAUGUUCAAGAAGGCUAGCAACAGACCUGAACUUAAUAAUCAAGUUGCUUUCAGCCUCUUAAACUACGACCUCUGGAAACGCUGUUCAAUUCUGUCGUCAGGAGUUCUUAGGAAGUUUGUUGAAAGCUGCUAAAGGUUUCCAAUGGACAACCUCAUGGACUUGUUCAGAACCCAGGAUGUUCAAAAGGCAUUCUUGUUUCUGGAUGCUGCUCUUAUAGUCCUUGACCAGAACCAGCUACAGAUCGAGCACUGCACCUUUUGACCUGUUUCUGGUCCUCUGAAAAGCUUCAUAAGGAGCACCCUUAGACUUGGCAAGUCUUACCACGCUUGGGUACAUGUGACACAAAACCUGGGUAUUUUGUUGUGUGUGGACACUACUGAAGUGUUCUACUGCUCACUUUUGGAGUCUUAGGCCACCACUAGUUUUAGUAAAACUUAAUAGUAGUUUAUUUUCAUAGGAUUAUGCAAAAAGUACAGACCCCAUUUUCAAGAGGUGGCAUUAAUCUAGAAUCCUAAGGACAGACAAUCUGUGUACCAGAAAUCAAUCUGUCAAACAGAUGGACACAAAAAUGAUGGCCCAUGUUUUAUUCAUUGUUUUCAAUGUAGUGCUAAUUAAUCCUUGACAGAGUUCUACCAAGUUACAUCCUAGAUCUUUUAUGGCCAUCAGGUGAGAGUUCAACCUUGGCGGAGGUCUACCAAAAUACAUUCUAGAUCUAAGUAUGUGGUCAUAGCGUGACCGAUCAGCCUUGGCGGUGGUCUACCAAGGGACUUCCUAGAUCUAUAUGGUCAUUUGGUGACAGUUCAGCCUUGGCAAAGGUCUGCCAAGUGACAUUCUAGAUCUAUAUGGUCAUUUGGUGACAGUUCAGCCUUGGUGAAGGUCUGCCAAGUGGCAUUCUAGAUCUAUAUGGUCAUUUGGUGACAGUUCAGCCUUGGUGAAGGUCUGCCAAGUGACGUUCUAGAUCUAUAUGGUCAUUUGGUGACAGUUCAGCCUUGGUGAAGGUCUGCCAAGUGACAUUCUAGAUCUAUAUGGUCAUUUGGUGACAGUUCAGCCUUGGUGAAGGUCUGCCAAGUGGCAUUCUAGAUCUAUAUGGUCAUUUGGUGACAGUUCAGCCUUGGUGAAGGUCUGCCAAGUGACGUUCUAGAUCUAUAUGGUCAUUUGGUGACAGUUCAGCCUUGACGGAAAUCUACCAAGAGAUAUUCUAGUGCUAUUAGGUCAUUUGUUGAUAAUUCAGCCUUGACGGAGGUCCACCAAGUGACACUCUAGUUCUAUAUGGUAGUUUGGUGACAGUUCAGCCUUGGUGGUGGUCUACCAAGACACAUUCUAGAUCUAAGUAUGUGGUCAUAACGUGACCGAUCAGCCUUGGCAGAGGUCUACCAAGGGACUUCCUAGAUCUAUAUGGUCAUUUGGUGACAGUUCAGCCUUGGUGGUGGUCUACCAAGACACAUUCUAGAUCUAAGUAUGUGGUCAUAACGUGACCGAUCAGCCUUGGCAGAGGUCUACCAAGGGACUUCCUAGAUCUAUAUGGUCAUUUGGUGACAGUUCAGCCUUGGCAAAGGUCUGCCAAGUGACAUUCUAGAUCUAUAUGGUCAUUUGGUGACAGUUCAGCCUUGGUGAAGGUCUGCCAAGUGGCAUUCUAGAUCUAUAUGGUCAUUUGGUGACAGUUCAGCCUUUGUGAAGGUCUGCCAAGUGACAUUCUAGAUCUAUAUGGUCAUUUGGUGACAGUUCACCCUUGGUGAAGGUCUGCCAAGUGACGUUCUAGAUCUAUAUGGUCAUUUGGUGACAGUUCAGCCUUGACGGAAAUCUACCAAGAGAUAUUCUAGUGCUAUUACCGUAGGUCAUUUACUGACAGUUCAGCCUUGACGGAGGUCCACCAAGUUACACUCUAGAUCUAUAUGGUAGUUUGGUGACAGUUCAGCCUGGGUGGUGGUCUACCAAGACACAUUGUAGAGCUACAGUAUAUGGUAAUUUGGUGACAGCUUUGGCAGAGAUCUUUCAAUGAGUAUUCUAGAUCUAUAUAGUCAUUUGGUGACAGUUCAAUCUCGGCAAAGGUCUGCUAAGUGAUAUUCUAGAUCUACAUGGUCAUUUGGUAACAGUUUAGCCUUGACGAAGGUCUACCAAUGAACAUCCUAGAUAUACAGGAGAUAGUCCAUUGGUGACUGUUCAGCCUUGAUGAGGUUUACCGAGUGACAUCUUAAAACUAUAUGGUCAUUUGAUAACGGUUCAGCCUUGAAGGAGGUCUACCAAGAGACAUUCUAGUUAUAUAAUGUAAUUUGGUGACCAUUCAGCCUUGACAGAGGUCUACCAAUAGAUAUCCUAGAACUGUAAGGUUAAUUGGUGACCGGUCACCCCUGACAGAUGUCUACCAAUAGACAUCUUUGAUCUGUAAGGUCAUUUGCUGACCGUUCAGCCUUGACAGAGGUCUACCAAGGGUCAGCCUACAUCUACAAGGUCAUUUGGCGACCGUUCAGCCUUGAUAGAGGUCUACCAAUAGACAUCCUACAUCCGUAUAGUCAUUUGGCGACCGUUCAGCCUUGAUAGAGGUCUACCAAUAGACAUCCUACAUCCGUAUAGUCAUUUGGUGACCGUUCGGUCUUGACAGAGGUCUGCCAAGAUACAUCCUAGCUCUAUAAGGUCAUUUGGUGACUGUUCAGCCUUGAUGAAGGUCUACCAAUAGACAUCCUAGAUCUAUAUGGUCAUUUGGUGAUCGUUCAGCCUUGAUUGAGGUCUACCAAGAGUCAUCCUACAUCUAUAUGUUCAUGAGGUGACAGUUCAGCCUUGGUAGAGGUCUACUUAGCGAUAUAUGUAGCAUUAAUAAAAAUAAAGAAUCUAAUGGUGGCCUGAGACCUUUUAGCGUAGUACCAUGUGUUGCAUACUUGCGUACUGCUAACGUAGCAUGGCCGUGUCCAUCAAUGUGCCUUGAUUGGAUUAGUAGAACUAUUAAAUCUACCUCUCCUUUUUAAACUUGAUUCAAGAAUCAUAAAGCACCCAUCCAGAUUAUUUAUCAACCGUUUGAAAGUUGGCUUCCUGCGAAACUCACAAUGUUGUCAACACUCAAUUUCAAGAGUUACAUUAUGUUGAUGUUCGGGGAUGAAAACAAGUGUGAAUUGUUCCUAACAUAACUGAAGUGUAAACACAUUGUAUUUUAUUUUAUUUUUUACUAAUGAGGUAAAUGAGCUUGAAAAUGUUGCUCAGGAUAACACUUUGGAAAUAAAAGUUACUCUCCCAACUCCUCAAUGUUGACUUAUAAUGAAUGAUUGUGAUGUUCCACAAGAAGAGGGACUGGCGUGCAGAGUGGUCAACAGGAUGUGGUUGUAAACUAUUCAUAUCUGAGUGGCAGGCCAUGUAUUAAUAGUAAUAUGCAAUAAAGCAGCUGUGACUCGC